CAUCACUACCACAAUUAUUUCUCUAAAAGACAGCUUGUGUCUCAGUCUCUGUGAAUAGAGAGUUUCACAAACAUGGAUAACAGCAGAAAGACAUUAGCUGAAUAUCUGAAUAAGACAUUGGCUGAUAGUGAAAAGGCAGCCCCUGAAGAUCUGCUAUUUUCCUAUAAGGGAAUUUUGUACCCUGCUGGUUUUUGCAACCCGAAAACUAUCCAAGUUCUUGAUUCUUUUGAAGCCAGGACUGACGAUGUGAUCCUAGCGGGAUACCCUAAAAAUGGUACUAACUGGCUUGAUCAAGUCUUAAAUGACUUGGAAACUACAGCUGCAAAAUAUACAGAGGAGGAAAUUAAUGAGAGAAUUAAUAUUACAAAUGAAUUAUCUAUAUUUCCACGUCUAGAAUUUGGGGAUCCAGAGAAAUUUAAGAGGAUGAAGGAAUUACCUUUCAGAAGAAUCAUAACAACACAUCUCCUUCCUCAAGUCCUGCCGAAAUCUAUUUUCAAAAGCAAGGCCAAGAUACUGCUGCUGGUUCGAAAUCCAAAAGACACCGCUGUAUCUUACUUCCAUUUUCACAACAAUAUGCCUACACUUCCCUCCUUCGGCUCAUGGGAUGAGUAUUUUGCAGCUUUUAUGCAUGGAAAAAUAUGCCGGGGCUCCUAUUUUGAUUAUUUAGUUGAAUGGAACAAGCAUGUGGCUGAUGAAAAUGUUAUGGCGAUAACCUAUGAAGAGCUGAAAGAGAAUCUGAUGUUAGGACUGAAAAAAAUAGCUGACUUCUUUGGGUUCUCCCUGAGUGAGGAAGAGAUUCAGACUGUUGCAGAGAAGAGCAGCUUCAAAGCUAUGAAAGAGAAAUCCUCCAAAACUCAUGGAACAUUUGGGAAAAUUCUCUUCCGUAAAGGAAUGGUUGGUGACUGGAAGAACCAUUUCUCUGAAGCUCAGAGUAAAGAGAUGGACAGAAAAUUUGAAGAGUGUUUAGCAGGAACUAAACUGGGAGAAAAGAUGAAAUAUGGGUUGUAUUUGCAAGAGCAAACCAGCAAAACCUAAUGCAACUAUUCCCCUUAGUAUGAUCUGUUCACUUGUUUUUGUACACUGGAAAAAUCAUCUAAACUUCUGUGUAUCCAAUUGUAAAUCAUUAUGUUCUAGUCCUUAAUACCACCAAUUUAUCUCAGAUGUGUGCUUUAAAUUUGAUACCUCACCAUGCUUAAUAGAUCUUUUAUGUAUGCAUAUGCCCAUUGUAUUGCAUUGCCUUAGAAAGGAGCUGUAGACUUCAAUAUCAUAUACACUAUUUUUAGGCGGUAUCAGCCAGAAGCACCAUCAGUUAUUUAACCAUUCUAUCAAAAACAAUUUAAUCGGAGAGCCAAUUCUGCACUGAGAAAUCCCAUGAAGUUCAUGGGGGUUGCAUUUGAUGUAAGUCAGUGCAGAAUUAGGCUUAGAGUGUCCACAUGAUCCAGAUGUACGAAAGCGAUAGAAAUUCCACCAAAUAGAUUAGUUUUUGCCAUUAACAUUAACAGUGACUUGAAUCUGGCUAUCUUCUGGUGGAAGAAGCUGAUUCCCUCCAGGAUAACUGUUAGCCAAGAAGCUUUUCUGUUUCUGUUUUUCUGCUUGCAUUCAUUAUUUGUCUGUGUCCUUUUAAAUCUUUGAUUUGAUAAAUGUUUUAAAAAUGUUA